CAGAAAAAAAAUUAACAGAGAGAAGCCAAGAGAAAGACUAUUGGAUGAAUUGGGCGAAUUGAACCUCCACCGUCGGGCGUUUCGUGUUCGUUUACCUUUGGAGGAUCACCUUGACUUCUUCUGACCACCACUUCCUGUUCUGCCCUCGUCUUUUCCCUUUCGUCACUUUUUCCCCCUUCGCGACCAUCCGCCGUCUGCACGUGAGAGUUCCGCCUUCUCUCCGACCUCGCGCUGUGACGUCUUCUGUUCUUCUCAAUCGCCCACCCUCGAAUUCCUGCACAUACUCUCCGAAACGGCUUCAAACAGACCACUGCUCCUGCCAUGGUUCGCCCCCGCGGUCGGUCGCAACUGGGCGUGGACAUUCGCGGCGACACCAGCGCGCCCGCAAUGUCCACCAUGAAUGAAGUCAGCCCGAUUGAACCCACUUCCCCGGACUUGAGCAAGCAAUUGGAGAAUCGCAUGGCGGACAAGUCCUCCGGAAAGACACAGUCGAAGAAGCGUCGCAGUCGCUCCCUCCUCCAUCGAUUCGCCGACACCUGUCUCCGGUAUACAUGGCUGCUCCCGCUACUGCUCAUGACCUUCCUGCUGGCGCUGUACGCGGUCAACCCGACGACCUCCAAUCCCAUGCACAGCGCCAUCUUCCUCUCCUAUCCUCAGCCCCCCAAGACCCCCGGCGGACCUAUUAUGUACGGCAAAGGCAAGAAGGACAUCGCUUUCGUGGCCUUUUACACCAUCGUCCUGUCGUUCACCCGCGAGUUCAUCAUGCAGCAGAUAAUUCGCCCGCUGGCUGUCCGGUGUGGAAUCCGGGGUAAGGGCAAGACCGCCCGCUUCAUGGAGCAAGUCUAUACCGCGAUCUACUUUGGUAUCUUUGGACCAUUUGGAUUGUAUGUCAUGAGCCGGACCGAUAUCUGGUACUUCAACACGACCGCCAUGUUCGAGGGAUUCCCGCACCGCGAACACGAGGGUCUGUUCAAGGCGUAUUACUUGCUGGAGGCGAGUUAUUGGGCGCAGCAGGCCAUUGUGCUCUUGUUGCAGCUGGAGAAGCCCCGUAAGGACUUUAAAGAGCUGGUCGGCCACCACAUCAUCACUCUGGCUUUGAUUGCGCUGAGCUACCGAUUCCACUUUACCUACAUGGGUCUGGCCGUGUAUAUCACCCACGAUAUUUCGGACUUCUUCCUCGCUACAUCCAAAACCUUCAAUUACCUCGACUCCGUCAUCGUUGCGCCCUACUUCUGCAUGUUCGUCGGUAUCUGGAUCUACCUCCGCCACUUCCUGAACCUCAAGAUUCUCUGGGCCGUCCUGACCGAGUUUCGCACCGUGGGACCCUUCGAACUCAACUGGGAAACACAGCAGUACAAGUGCUGGAUCAGUCAGUACAUCACCUUCGGUCUGCUCGCCAGUCUGCAAGCUGUCAACCUGUUCUGGCUCUUCCUGAUCCUGCGCAUCCUGGCCAACUACAUCUUCAACAGCGUCACUAAGGAUGAGCGCUCUGACGAUGAGGAGUCCGAAGAGGAGAUUGAGAAGGAGGCUGAGUCCAAGGCUACUAUUGCCACUGGCAUCGCCAAGGAGAACAUCGCUCCUCAGGUGCAAGUCAACGGAGAGCCUGUGCCUGAGCAGCGCGGCCCCCGGACACGUAGCCGCAAGGCUUGAAGAGCAAUGCAAGGACCCGAUAAUGAGACCAGGAUCCACAUCCUAAUAUGAUGCUGUCUCGGGUAUGCAUGCUUUUCUAUAUCUUUGACAUGUUUCACUUUUUGGCCUUCAUCGGUUGCAACAUAUGCCCGGUUUCGCGGGCAGCACGGCGCUUCCCUGUUUAUAAUUUAUGCAUUGAAAUAUAUUCAUUGGGAGAUCAUCUGGCAAAUUUGGAUGAUCCGGGAUCAGGCAUGAGGAAUGCUGUUUCAAUUCCCGUUCUUGCACGUCUGACAUGAUGCAUUUGGAGAAGGUUCGGACUUGGCUCCCUUCUCCAUUAUCAUCCCCGGAUCCGAGGAAGCUUAAUCAAAGGGUACCACGAGCCUAAUGUUAUGUGGUAUGGUUUGAGUGGAUGUGUAUGAUCUUUUUGUUUCGAUUCAUGCACAGUCGACUUAGUUUUUUGGUUUUGGUUCUUGUCUGUAUUUAUCACCACUUUUUUCUUUCUUUCUUGUGGUUUUAGCUGUUGUUGGUGUUUUGUUCUGGAUUGAUUGAAUGGGCUAUGCGGUGAGACGAAUAUAUCAAUGAUCUUUAUGUCAUAUCUUCCUGGCCGUGUAAAGAAGGCUCCGG